UUUUUGUAUGGUUUUCAAAAAUUCCACAGUCUGUUUAAAAACCAAAUGUGGUUAUUUUGUGGUUUUUUGAGGUUAAGUUUCAAAGGAUGCAAAUAUCCAUACAAAAUCCACAUCAGGUUAAUUAAUCUCCAUGUGAUGUAUGGAAACUAAAAAAUCCAAAGAAUAAAAUGUCAAUAUCCUUGCAUGGAAAAUUGUGAAGUUCCAUUUAAUGGUUAUCCAAAAUUCCACAGUUGUCAAGGAAAUUUAAAUUUCCAAACUAAGUUACCUUGGAUUUUAAAAUUCCAAUGGUGGAAAUUGUUUGACAUUACUAAGCAUGGAAAUUAAUAAAUCCACAGUUGUCAUGGAAAUUAAAAUUUCCAAACUAAGUUAAUUUGGAUUUUAAAUUUCCAAUGGUGGAAAUUGUUUGAAAUGACUACUACGAGUUUCAGUUUCUUAUAGUACAUGUAAGUGAAUUUUUUAAAGGCAGGAAAACAGAAUUCCUCCCUGGCUUGCAGAAAUUUAAUUGUUCAUUGAAUUGUAUUCUUUGUUGCAAAAAUUUACUUCAGUUGACAAUCGAUCGCUUUGCACCAUUAUUUUUUGGAAAGAUAAUCGAAUACUCAAACUAUUCAGGACUUUGAUAAGCAUGUAAGAUAAUAAGAUUUUCCCUGAUCUUUUUUUUUUUUGUUAUAAUAGGAAAUCCCUGAUAUUUUGCUGACCGUGGCAGCAUAAUAAAUUUUGAGCGUCAGUUUACGUGAGUCAUUCUUCGCUUUCUCUUAAUUUCUUAUUUAUGAUAUAAAUAUUCUUUUCUAAAUGACAAACUUUUCAUAAUAACAUAUUUAAGAUUCAGAUCAGCACUACAAGCUAGCAAAAUGCGCACCCACCUGCACUACAUUCAACCUCACGUCCAACGAUUAAUUCACGCUGACUUGAUAACAAAAGAUGCUGUUGCUGCGUCUUAGGGUUCACAGCUUUACCCUUGCAGUUUUCGCAAGGGCAGUGAACAUGAACAGAUACCCUUGCAGCACAAUAGCAACGUGAAGAGGGAAAAAAGGAUCCGAAACGUUUAUCCGCCUUCUCCGCCAUGUUUUCUUGCUAAACAGCUUUGCAACCUCUCCUCCAAACUUAUGGUCAGCGGAUACUGAAAUUUCGACCAAUGAGAAAGCUCCGCGUGAGUCGUGUCGUUUCCCGCCAGAAAUGGGAUCAAAACUGCACGUCAGACUAAAUUUUGUGCUCUUUGCUCGGCUGCUGCACAAGUUUGUGUUUCUACGAGAAGAUGGUCGAUUCGGAAGAAGAAGUUGGAGUUCUGGACCAAGAUUUCACGCCAUUUACGCAGUCAAGUCCGAGCUAUUCCGUUGAAAGUGAAACGGAUCAAGAAGAACGGAUCUGCAAGAUUUUCAAGAAGUGGAAUGCAAGGAAACUUCCAGACUCUGCCAAAGGAGGAACGGUUUCAAAGAAAUCGAAGAUUGAACCGUCAAUUGAACCAGCAUCAUUGGGCGCCGAGGACUGCAAGGAAAAUGUCGACGUCAAAGAUUGGAGUGUGGAAGAUGUUCUGCAGUGGCUGGAAAGAAAAGGAUUUAAAGAGGAAUGUGAGCUUUUUAAAGGUUUGUACAUUAAACCCUGUCAGUGCCAAGAUUUUGAGGGGGGUGAUCUGCAAGUGCCAAAGCGAAUUAUUUUCUAUCACUUCACGCUACCCUGCAAACACACAUGAAACAGAUGUUGAAUUCUACCUUUCCGUCUCCAUCCUAGUCCUCCAAAACAAACAUAUUCGUGAGGAGUGAUGGUUACUCUUGUUCCAUAAUCCAAAAUAGACGAAGGAAAGUAAAAUAUUUACUGUCAGUUCGAGCAUUUUUGCCACGCUUGCGAUCCGUGGAUGUUUGGAAGUCGCUUCGCAACGCGGUACGAUUAACAGUAGAUUUUGUCCUUUACCAUCUUACCAAAGGAAAUUUAUCAGUUAUCGAUGAAUGUUGAGGUCCUGAAGAUUCCAUUUCCAAGAUUUUAUUGUCCUGUUUUGUUCUGAGGGCACGUAACACAUACGGAAAAGAACUACAUAACAAAAUGGCUGCCAUGUUAACGUUUUCUUCUUCUUUGCAAAUGAAAACGCACAAACUUGGGCAACUGACU